UCAAGGCUCAAAAGCUUUGUGCCGAUCGGGCCAAGUGAGCCAUCCACUUGGAGGAUGGCUGGGUCCGGACCGCUACGGCCGCAUGCGUGAGCUGCUUGCCGCAUGUGGAGAUGCCCAGCAGUGGCAGCAGGCGCUGGUUUUGCUGCUGCGCCUGGCAGCCAGCCAGCUGCAGGAUGUGGUGCUUUGCAACAUGGCCAUCAGCACCUGCGCCAGGGCAGCGCGGUGGCGGGAGGCACUGGGCUUGUUGGCGCUGCCGGCCACGUGUGGGUUGCAGGCGAGUGUGGUGACGCAGAACGCGGCCAUGGACGCGUGCCAAAAGGCAGAGGAGUGGCAGAAGGCGCUGGAGCUGUUCACCACGUGGCGCGUGGCACGCGGCCGAAGCAGCGCCGUGUCCUUUGGCAUCGCCAUGAGCGCUCUGGAGCUCGGGCGCUGCCACUGGCGCCUGGUUAUGCGGAUGUUGACGGAGCUCACUGACUCACUUCUAGAAGCAAACACUGUCAUAUACAAUGCGGCCAUGGACGCUUGUUGUGCAGCUCAAGGAUGGCAGCAAGCACUUCACUUGCUGAAGGAGGUCAAGAAACGCAGGUUGAGGCCAGACAGCUUCACGGCCUCAGCAGCAAUGCGAGCUUGCCAGCACUCGCAGCAGUGGCUCCAGGCGCUGCAGCUGUUGCGGGGCUUUGUUUUGGCAGCGCUGCAGCUGGACAUUAUCGCCUGCAACUCAGCCAUCAGCACCUGCGCCAGGGCAGCGCGGUGGCGGGAGGCGCUGGGCCUGUUGGCGCUGCCGGCCACGUGUGGGCUGCAGGCGAGUGUGGUGACGCAGAACGCGGCCAUGGACGCGUGCCAAAAGGCAGAGGAGUGGCAGAAGGCGCUGGAGCUGUUCACCACGUGGCGCGUGGCACGCGGCGGCCGAAGCAGCGCCGUGUCCUUUGGCAUCGCCAUGAGCGCUCUGGAGCUCGGGCGCUGCCACUGGCGCCAGGUGAUGAGUCUGGCGGUGGACUGGCCCGUGGCCAACAAGAUGGUGCUGCGAGAAUGUCCCUGGGCUCGGGGCUGGACGCUGCUGGAGUCAUUGCGCCAGGCACGGACAGAUGCUGACGUGCUGGGUCAAGUGGCUUCUGAGUGGCAGGAUGGAGCCCAAACAUGGCGCGGGGCGCUGGACUGGCGGUGGAACCUGUGGGCAAUGGCGCGCCAGGGCCAGGUCUCCACCGUGGUCUGCAACUCCGCCGCCUUUGGCUGCGCGGAGUGGCAGACCUCGCUGCGGCUGCUGGAACUGGUCGCGCGGCCCACGGUGGUGACCUUUGGCACGGCCGUGGGCGCCUUGGAGCGCCUGGGCCGCUGGCGCCGCUGCGCCGAGGUGCUGGGCGCGCUCCGCGGAAGCCUCCAGCCCAACGAAGUCACUUACGGCGCAAGCAUCAGCGCCUGUGGUAAGGGCCAGCAAUGGGCCCAGGCCUUGUCGCUGUCCAAAGACCUCAUCGGGGCUGGGCUGCGGCAGAGCUUGAUCUCGGCGAAUGCGGUGUCCGCAGCCUGCGAGCGGCGACAGAAAUGGGUGCAGUGCCUUUCGCUGGUGUUCCAGCAGCCACACCGGGAUCGCAUCUCCUACGAUGCCGUCCUGGCGGCCUGCAGCGGCGCGUGGCGCCGGGCACUGCAGCUGUGGCAGGAGUUCCGCGGCAGGGCUCUGCAAGCCACAGUGGCCACCUUCAACAUGGUGAUCACUGCAUGCGAGGCGGGGGCCAAAUGGGAGCUGGCGCUGGCCUUGUUGCAGCAGCUGACUGAGGAGGGGCUGACGGGCAGCAUCGUCUCCUACACCGCGGUGAUAAGCGCCUGCAGCAAGUGCGCGCGGUGGCAGGAGGCGAUCCUGUUGCUUGCAGGACUAGAUCGCCGUGGCGUGGAGGCCAAUGUGAUCACGUACCAGGCGGCCGCCUCGGCCUGCGGCGUGCGGCCCCAAGGGGCGCAGCUGCUUUGGGAGAUGCAACAGGCCGUCGAGGCUAUUCGCCUGCUGGCUGUGAGCGGGCAAAAGUGCGCCUGCUUUGCAGUGUGCGUUCUGAGAUUCAAGUUCGAUGUUCUCUAUUUUUGCUCCCUGUCACAAGUGACGAAGAACUUGGCCGGGGUGAAGGAUCGCAGUCGUACAACCUUGGCAGGCUGGUCGUCAAUUGGAACCAUUGACAUCAAUUGGAAGGCCACCGGCAGACCCAAGCCGAUCGCUUUGGUGGCCGUUUUGGCCGCCGCCAUGGCCUGGCCGACUGGGGCGCGCUGGGGCCGAGGCCAGACGGGCCCGGAGCGGCAGAAGGUGCAGACGAAGCUGCAGAGGAAGCUGCCCAUCCGCGCGGACGCUGCGGGCCUUCUGCAGCUGCACCCGCGCGCGCCCUUCCGGUCUGUGCGGCUCCUGGUGGAGCCCCAGCUGAAGGAAUGGAAGUGGAACCCGGACUUGGCGGCCCACGUUCUAAAGACCCUGGCGAUGCACAGCCAGGCCCGGACAGCGACGCAGACGCUGCAGGUCAUGCGAUGCAACGAGGUGACUCCGUUGGCGGCGCACUACAAUGCCGCCUUGGCUGCGUGCAGGAAGCUUCGGCGAAGUCAAAUGGCCGAGCUGCUCUUGAAGUUCAUGCGCCAGGACCAGGUCCUGCCGAACGACGACACGGUGGGCGAGGCCCUGCGUUGCGGGUCCUGGGAGUGGGCGCUGCAGCUCUGGCAGACGCUGCGGGAUCCGAAGCUGACGGUGGCGUCCCACAACCACGCCAUGGCAGUGCUCCAACCGGAGCCAAACUUGGCUUUGCAGGUCUUUGAGGAGCUGAAGACUUGGCAGCUGGCGCCCGAUGCCGACAGCUUCGUCCAGGGCAUCACCGCGGUGGGUGCUUUGGGGGACUGGCAGCGGUCCCUGGACCUGCUGCAGAGCAUGCGGCGCCGGGACUUGGCACCGGCCCCAACGAAGCCGAAAUCGAGGGACCUGGACAUGGACAAGGAGCUGAAGUCUGCGAAGUGUGGCGCUGGUCCGAAAAAAAACCCUGACACCAAUCCAAAAAGCGGAGCUGUGGGCCCAUUCUGGGGGAGUUUAAGGUGGACAGGGCGUUUCUUUUUUGUUUGGCAGGGAGUGGAACUACAGGAAAAUGAUGGGCACGCAAUGAAAAGGCUGAAGGUCGGCUGUGGUUUUGAUGACCCGCCUGGUUGCGAGGCGUUCUUUGGCUCACGGCUCGUGCUCCGGGCUCACCCAUGCCCAUUUUAAUGGGUCGCCAUUUCGCCAAGGCCGCCCAUGCCUGGUCUAGGAAGACGGUCCAUUUACCGAGAGA